GCUCUAAGCAGGAACUCUAAGUGAAAGUGAAAGAAGUGAAGGAGGGCGAGUUGUUUGUGUCGGAGCUGGAACUCGGAGGCAGCUCCCAGAUUUAAACUUUUAUAAAAGACGACUCGGACACAGACUCAGAGACUCAGUGACGUCCCCUCCUCGUCCUCCUCCUUGUCCUCGUCCUCCUCCUCCUCGUCCUCGUCCUCUCGGGACAAUGCCAGACCAGAAGCUCUGCCUCGAGGCCCUGUCGGCUCUGUCCGGCUGCAACGUCGAGUCCACCGGCGGGGCCUCCCAGCUGACCCCCCAGGACUUUGUUAACAUCGUGGCCCUCAAGGAGUUCUACAAGCAGAAGGGCUUCAAGGAGCUGGAGUACCCCAGCUUAGGGACCCUGUCCCUGGUGGACGAGGACCAGGACCUCUACAGCUCCCCCCUAGCUCUGACCGAGGGCCCCCAGGAGCCCAGCCUGCAGACCACGGUGAAGAUCAACCCCCAGGACUUCUUCCAUCCCCAGUACGACUAUGACUUCACCAACAUUAAGGAUGGCGACAGGAAGUUCAUGCGUGGUAAGGAGCUGUACGUCCGCCCCUGCGGGUGGAACCGGGUGGCCCUGCGCGUCACCAAUCGCUAUGACGAUGGGGACCACUGGCUGGGGACGGGGGACGACGCCUGGCCCGUCUCCUACCACGGACACAACAUGGACGGCUCCCUGGGCAUCAUCCUGACCCGGGACGGGGACCCGUCCGACGAGCCCUCCUUCCUGGACGCCGCCGCCGCCUCCCUGACCAUGGGGGACACCAGGGGACGGGGGGUGUACUCCACACCGGACGUCAAGAUGGCGGAGAAGUACUGCAAGAAGUUCAAGUCCAAGGUGGAUGGGAAGACGUACCAGGUGGUCCUCCAGAACCGGAUCAAUCCCAAGAAGAGGACCAAGUGUCAGAGGGAGGACGUGUGGUUGGUUUACGUCCCCGAGGGCUGCAACCACGUCAAGACCCAGGCCAUCGUCCAGGAGUCCAUCCGUCCCUACGGCCUGCUGCUGAAGACACUCUGAACCACGUCCUGAGGACCACAGUCCUCAGGACUCUGUCCUCAUGAUGUGUUUGAGGACCAUAGUUAUGUUUAUCUGGGACUAGAACUUUUCUUUUACUGGAAACAUUUUAACCUCAGUUUUACAAAAAUAGAAAAUCUGAAGUAAAACCAGACGAAUAUGUGAUGAUCAUUAUCUCUUUUUUCUUUACUUUACUGAAAAUAAGAAUCUUUGACUUUUAAAGACACUUAAUGGUUUUAGAUUUUACUUUCACUGCCUAAUUUAGUUCAUUUUAGAUUCUUCACAGACUCAUGCUGCGUUUGGGGAAAUUCAGAUUUUCAUCAGGAACUUGAACUCAACUUCUGCCGUUUAAUGGAAACACUGACAAUGGAAAUGAAAAUAAUGGAAACUGAAAAACCUGAACAGUUUUAUAAAACAUGGACAGAAAAUCUAAAGUAAAAUCAGACAAAAAUCAGACAUUAUUAUUUCUUUAUAAUAAUUUUUAAGACAUUUUAUGGUUUUAAAUCCGCUAAGUUUUUGUUUUCACUAUAGUUGCAGAUGUAAAAUCUACAACCAAACACAUGUGUGUGACUACUAUUUCUUUACUUCCUAAAAAUAAGAAUCUUUCACUUUUAAAGACAUUUUAUGGUUUUAGAUUCAAUUAGUUUUUACUUUCACUCCCUCAUUUAGUUAAUUUUCGAUUCUUCACAGACUCGCGUUGCGUUUGAGGACCUUGAAAAUGUUUAUCGUUGUUCUCUUCUACGUGAAGGUUCAGGGUUUAGUGUCUGGAAUCAUCUGAUCUCUGCUGCCAUCUACUGACACUUUAUUCCUUCCUGUGGUUAUUUACCUCCAGCUGGACCAACGCCAGGUCUCUUUAAAGAUGUUCUCUUAAAGUCAGGGAAUGAGGACUGAAACAUGUGUUACAGCUUUUAAUUUCUCCGUAUGUCUGUGACUAAAGGUCUGAAUGUUUGAAUUAAACCGACGUCCUGAUGUGAAAAUAAUUGAUUUAUUUUUAUUAUUUUAAACUUGAUGACUGUUCUUGUGAUUUUUAUCUGAGCUAUAGGAGCUCGUAAAAACAACCCACCAUUAAACACUGAGCUCAGUCAUGACUGAUGACUUCA